AGAGUAGUAUUCAGUGCGUCGUGCGAGAAGCAGUCGAGCUUGGCGAGGUCGCCUUUUGCGUUGGCACGGAGGUUCCUCCGUGCGUGUUUUUAGUUGCAAUCCCGGACCGAGAAAACCCGUGUACACACUUGUCUCUGUGUUCAUCGUAAUGUGCUACGGGUAAAAAAAAACGAAAGUGACGAAGUGUGAUUUUGUGCGUUAACGUGUAGGGCGUAGCCAGGCAUUGUGCAAAAUCGCUCGAAAACGAGCGACGACAAAUCGGUGCGUGACAGUCUGCGUCUGCCAUUGGAAAGGAUAUCUUGUUGUCUUUUUCACACUCAGUGGCAUUUUGCGUAUUCGUGGGUUCGCUGCAUCAUCGUCAUCCUUUCUCUCUCUCUUUCUCCUAUCUCUUUUUUCUAGCCCCUUGUUCUGUAAUACUACUGCUCGUCGUACUACGUUAUACACAUACCGUACGGACGAAAUUGAAGACGAUCGACGCAUGGUGCAGUACCAGCCGCAACAAACUUCCGAAUUUAAGUACGAGGUGAACGAUCAACAUGAACAGCAGAUGACUGUUAGCCGAGCUGAUGCUCGUUCAACUUUAAUAUGAGUGAAGUAGUGGCUGUAACACCUAGUGGUGGAUCGACACGCCAGGAAAGCGUGGCACACAUCAAAAGGCAUAAAUUAGCCAACUGUAAUGUUCCUCUCGUGCACGGACGUUCAAAUCCACCGAUCAACACCCGUAAUAGGCUGACCACGCAUCAACGGAAUCAUAGUUUGGAUUUUAGGUCAAUGGGUAUCCUGUUGCCGCCUGUUCCACAGGCGAGUGCGACCACGCUGACGCAUCAUCAUAGAAAUCGAAGUCUCGAUUCCGCGUUACAACGAAUCCCGGAAGUGGACGUGACACCGAGUCCAGAAUGCGAGACGACACCAGCGCCGGUAGCUAAAACCACGGUGCCGGCGUGCAAGGCGCGCAGCAGGGAACGCGAAGAUCUCGCCAGUCUUGGCUCCGACGACUCGGGUAUACUUUGCGGUUCCGACAGUGGCACCAGUGACACCACCAACGUGGCCACCAGAGAGUCAAGUGUGGACCACCUUCACAGUCGCGAGAGUCUUGAUUCAUCCUUGUCGCAGCCAGGUGACAUGGAUAGCGUGGAUGCGGUGGACGGCGAGGAAAAUAGUGCUCCUGUCUCAGUGUCAGUGUCUGUACCAGUGUCACCUGUGGAGUUGGUGCACUCGAGUGAACCUUCUUCGAUAAAGGCUGGUGAUUGUAGUGAGCCACAUAAACAUGAGAAUGCGACCAGUAACUCCAGUUCACAGGAACUGCGGCCUGGUAAUAUGGUCUGCAUGGUUAAAGAACUUGAAACCCAUGAAUACACGCCUGAAGAACAACACGACGAAAUGGGCGUGACGGUAGACGUGCGGGAUUUCCAAAAUCCCUUACAAGUAUCACCGGUGAAUGAUAAACAGAGUGAACUGACCGGUGCUGCUAUGACAUUGUGCUGCGGUACAACCGUGCAAUCUGAAACUGUUGAGGCAGCUGUCAAAAAACAGACUGGUAUUGUUUGUCGAAGACAAGAGACAGUUCAACCAAAACCAUCUGAAGGAUGUUUGCUCAGAUUAUUUGAGAGUCAAAUUUUUGACAUGUCUAUGGCCAUCUCUUAUCUUUUCAAUUCUAAAGAGCCUGGAGUUCAAAGCUAUCUUGGGAACAAGAUGUUUAGUUUCCCAGAUAAUGAUGUGGACUUCUAUUUGCCACAAUUGGUUGUAAUGUAUAUACAACUUCACGAUGUUACAGAAGUUCUUUAUCCAUAUCUUGUCCAUAGGUGUAGGCAGUCAGCUGAUUUUUCGUUAAAAUGUGCCUGGCUAUUAGAUGCAUAUAGUUCUGAUGCUCAUUUACCAUCCAAAAAGAAGUCUCAUGGGACCAAACUAAAAAAUCUUAUUCUCUCAGAUGAACUCAGGCCAAAAGGAAAUGAGAAUAGAAAGCGUGUAGUUGGAUUGCAAACACCUGCGCCACCGCCGUUAAGUUCAAUGCAAAGUGUUACAUCUCCUAAUAAAAAGACACACCAAAGAUCUCAAUCUGAUGCCACUGGAUUAUUUCAAACUCUUCGUCGUAGCCAUUCCGGUACAAUAAAUAAAGUAAGUCUUGGGGACCUGAGCUCUGGUCGAGCAUUUGACAAUGGUUGUACCUGUUUUUAUUCCUGCCAAGGUGUGGUAAAUGAUUUACGAGGGCAAAAAACCGACUGUUUCUGCAAUGCGCCGCGUCUUGCUCCAGAACUCGAAUUUAUACAAGCAUUAAUAUCAAUUGGUAAAUUACUUGGAACUAUUCCAACAAAAGAAAGUAAAACCGUUCAAUUAAUAGCGGAGCUUAAUACUCUCAAUUUGAAUCUCCCUGCAAGGGUGUGGCUUCCUUUGCACAGUUCAGUACCACAUCAUAUCGUACGAGUGCCACCUCAAUACGCUGCUGUCCUCAAUAGUAAAGAUAAGGCACCAUAUAUAAUUUAUGUUGAAGUGUUAGAAGUAGAAGAUAUUUAUACGUCGCCUGUACCGACGAAAAUAGUGGGUUGCUCAUUAAGGCAUACUAAAUCGGAAGAAAAUUUAACAGGAGGCGAACAAUCUAAUGUAAUCGAAUCACCAAACAUAUCUUCUUCCGAAACGCAACAGAGUAUGCCACCGAUUAGACAAACUCCGGUUAAAAAUAUUUCUCCGUACUCCGUUAGAAAUACGGAAGUCGCAUUUACUUUCCCCGACGAUGACCCUAAUGACUGUUGGAGUCAAGAAGACGAUGAAAUCACGCAACAGUAUUUACAACUUCGUAAACCAAAAGAUAGAGAUACGAUAUCUCAAUUAAGUCAAGAAUCAUCAGAUAGUAAGGAACCAAUAUUUGUACCUGGUGACAUAAAACGGCGUUUAAGCGAAAUGGCUGCAGCGCCUAGUGCAACGUUUAAUCAUGAUCCGGAAGAUCCGUCAGCUGCCGUUUUGAAGGAACCAUGGGAACUGAAACAACGUCGAAUAAGAGCUUCCAGCCCGUAUGGUCAUUUGGCAUCUUGGAGACUUCUUGCAGUUAUCGUAAAAUGUGGCGAUGAUCUUCGGCAGGAACUUCUUGCUUCUCAGUUACUUUCAAUGUUGCAAAAAAUUUGGCAAGAUGAACAUGUACCCCUUUGGGUGCGACCAUACAAAAUUCUGUGUUUAUCAAACGAUAGUGGUUUAAUCGAACCAAUUUUAAAUACUGUAUCACUUCAUCAAGUGAAAAAACAGUGCCAAUUAACACUUUAUCAGUACUUCGAGAGGGAGUUUGGUUCAUCUACGUCAGACGCAUUUACUAUUGCGCAAAGAAAUUUUAUUCAAAGUUGUGCAGCGUAUUGUCUCGUUUGUUACCUUAUUCAAGUUAAAGACCGUCACAAUGGAAAUAUUUUGCUGCAUCGUGAUGGUCAUCUAAUACAUAUAGAUUUUGGAUUUAUCCUUUCGACUUCACCGAGAAACUUGGGAUUCGAGACCAGUCCAUUUAAAUUAACCCCAGAGUUUGUAGAGGUGAUGGGUGGAAGCCAGUCCAAACAAUUUCAAGAAUUCAAAACUUUGAUUCUUCAAGGGUUCAUCGCAGCACGAAAGCAUAUGGAAAAAAUAGUUAAUCUCGUGGAGAUCAUGUUAUCUGGAUCGCAACUUCCAUGCUUUCGAAGCGGUGGUGCAGCAACCGUUCAAGGAUUAAAAAACAGAUUCCACCUUACAUUGACGGAGGAUCAGUUACGUCGACACGUGGAAGAUUUAGUCGAAGCCAGUAUCCAUUCGUGGUCAACUAAAUUAUAUGAUCGGUAUCAAUAUUUCGCAAAUGGCACCCUUUAAUAAUAACAUUAAUUUUCGUUUGUAUGGCAAGGAUAAUGAUUUUUAUAAGAAAAGCAACAAAAUUUGAUAAUAUGGUAUUCCUUCCAGAAACGUUUAAACUCGUAGCAUUCCGUAAGCACAAAGUAUCUUUGAACCUAAUUACUCGAUCACGUGCGAGUAUGAUCGAUACAUAGGAAAUGCUAUCUAAAACAUAGAUUUAUUCCAAAUAGGAUAAGCUGAUUUCAGUAUAUUAAUUUUAUUUGCUCUUGAAUUAUUCCUUAGUUUCUUAAUAUAAUAUGAUAGUUGCCUUUUAUAAAACUUGUACAAAUACUACGUUUAUCAGUAAUUAAGGAUUAUUUGUGAGAGGUGUUGUCUACAAAAACUUAUUGCCACGUAUAUCUGUAAAGAGAAACAAAAAGAAACGAUGAACGAAACAGGGAAUAAUUUAUGAAAUUUUUAUCGUUACGUUAAGUAAUAUUAAAUAUGUAUAAUUGGUUUUGUUGUGUACGUUAAAAUGACUAUGUAUGCCUUAUUGGCAAGAACGAGUUAACUAUGGUCGGUGCAGACUUUGUGAAACUGACUGAAUGUUGGACUGCUAAAUCGUUAUAGCCUAUAACAGCGUAAUUUGUUAAAGGUGCCUUAUUUGUAGAAAAUGGUGGAACGAUCAAAUUUGAACACAGUGAAGUGACUACGUGUGUUGAUCUACUGAAAAAAAACUGAUCUAUUAUAAAAAAAAAAAGGACAAUCUAUAAUUUGUACAUAAAUAUAUUGCAUAAACUUUGGUCGAAUUCCUUUCAUAGUUAAUUUUCGGCAAUAAAUAAUCCCACCAUGAUAAUAUGAAGGAAUUACAUGGUAUUUAAGGUUCGCAUGAAAUCUUCGAGUGAAA